UGCAGGUAGGAGGGAUUUGUGCUGUACCCAUUCCCUCCAGGAACAGAAGGUCUCUGGAGAAUCUAACAAUUGGGAACUAGCUUUAAGUAAACUGAAUUCUGUUAAAAUUGGAAGGAAGGGGAAAGAAGGAAGAAAAUGAGAUAAAUCUGGAUAAACAUCACACAAUAGAAUUAAUGACAAGCAGGCAGGCAACAGGAUGGAGCUGAAGCCCAGCCUCCGGAUCCCUAACACAUCACAUGCUGCUGGAAAACACCAGACGAACACAGGGGAAAGAGGCUGAAAUUACUAUCCCAUACACAUUUCAGCAGGAGCAAUCAGACAAAAUCAGCUUGAAGGAAAAGAUGUGUUAAAGAGUUUAUUCUCUUGACAGAGCUACAAGUAGCCUUUUUCUGAAGAAUGGCAUUGAGCGAUCUCCUUUACCCAGACAAUCCCAAGAGAAAGCAAGAAUUGAUCAAUUUGCAUCAGGAAUUGCUUGAGUGCAUGUCCACAAAUUUCCGUGCAACAAAUGAGCUGGUUGGAGUGCUGAAUGAACACCUGGGAUGUACCAUUGCCCACAUCCAGAUGAGAGAGAGCAGCACUGUCAAGGAAAACUGUGACAUUAUCAUUCAAGUGAUGAGUGAGAUUCAGCAUCAGGUACAGAAGAUUGAUAGUGACAUGAAGGAAAAGCUCGAGCCAGUGCUGUACCAGAAGCUAUAUGACAUCAAAGAGCCUGAGUUGGAGAAAAUUGCAAUAGCCCAGAAAGUGUUUUCCAUUAUUCUUGGAGAAGCAACUUCAACAGCUGGGAUGGUAGCUAUCAAACUUCUUGGCUCCAAUCUUUUAACUUUCACUGUGAGCAACCUCAUCAGUCUCCUUGCACAGAUUGGGGCAUCUGUUCUUGGGGGAAUUAGCAUUACCAUUAUUGGCCUUGGCAUUGAAAUGAUCCUCCAUGCCAUCCUGGGAGCUGUGGAGAGGAAUCAGCUUCUGACAGCUGUGAGAAGCUAUGAGAAGCACCUGGCUGAGUUUAAAGCAGCCUCAGAAAAGUACCAGCGUGCCAUACAUGAAGUGACUUCUUUGGUGAGACAACAAGCUCAGUGAAUGAAGUCAGAGUUCUCUCUUCUCCUGUGACAGUGGCUGCAGCAGCUAUGCCUGAAGUAACCUUUUGAUUCAUUAUGGCAAAUGAACUACUGAUGGCUUUUUUUUUUCUUAUUAGUGGCCUCAGAGCAAGAGAUGUGACAAUUCUGAGAACUGGCAAUGAUAUAUAUUAAUAGGAAACUGGCUCAUAGGUGUUUCUGGGAGGCAGCAUUUCAAAUACUUUGUACCUUUCCUUCACUAUUUUCUGGAAUGCGUUGUAGAUAACCUUGAACUGAAAUUCAUACUAGUGACAAUAAUACUCACUGCUGGAGCAGUGGUGGUGAGGAGGUGUGAUUUUGCUCUAUGUUUCUAUAUCAAAGAUAUCAACAUGAUGGGAGAAAACAAGUUCAACAAGGCAAUCUGUGCAAACAUCUGGAGGCUUCAUCAGGACAGCUGUGGUUGCUAAACUCAUAGUGUGGAUUAGUGCUAAAUCUGAUAGACUGGAUUCCCUGUUCCCUGAACUACUUAUAAGGACUAGCUGAAGCAUAUUUAGCUGCUAUUUCCUGUCCCAUCCCUGCCUAAGGAGCCAGCCAGAGAUCUUCUUUAAAUAAACUCUAAUCCCAGUAGAUUGGCAGGUAAGAGAAGCCUGGGCCUACAGGCACACACACACACAACCUUGCCCCAGAGCUGAGAGAAACCAGCUGCCACAUUCCAGGCGUGCCUGGCUGUGAAUAACCUCUUAUGCUUGGUAAUACUCUGCUCCUGCAAACCCACAAGUAAAAAUUUCUUUGCAAAGCUGCUGUUCUGUUGAUUAAAAUGGAAUCAUACACAUGUACAAGUGCCUGUAGGAUUGCAGCCCUAUUAAUGCACUGAAGUUAUUUUCAGAUGCUUUACCCAGUCCCACCAAUGUGAGACUGCCAAGAGUGUGCUCAGAUUGUACAUUUCACAAUAUGCUACCAAAUGUCCUUAUUUUUCAGAUUUUAAAACAAAAGCUGGAAGCAAAACCAUGAUUUGUAGUCUCUUGCUCUGAUUUGCUGUGGAUUGCUUUCUUUUGAUCUUAGAAAAAAAGAUAAUUUAAAACUUAAUAAAA